AAGAGUUGACUCCAAAGUCUUUCGUCCUAUUGUUCUAUGCAUAUAACAUGUAAACAGGACUAAACCAUCUAUUGCAAUGGCAUCCCUAUGCAUACAAGUCAUCUUCUUCUUGUUUCUCUUCCCAAUAUCUGCUUUAUCUCAAAAAAAUGGUAUUGUGCCUCUGGGCAGUACUUUGACUGCAGGUGAAACAUCUGCUAGUCCUUGGCUUUCACCUUCUGGCGAUUUUGCAUUCGGGUUCCAGGAAGUACAGCAUAAGGAUCUGUUUUUGCUUUCCAUAUGGUAUCACAAGAUACCAGACAAGACUGUAGUUUGGUUUGUUAAUUCAACAAAUCCAGUGCCACGAGGAUCGACUGUAAAGCUUGAUCCUCAAACAGGGCUUGUGCACUGUGACCCUCGAGGCUUACAACUUUGGAGUGCUAAUGUUGAUUCUGCUCAAAUUGACCAUGGUUUUAUGAAUGAUACCGGCAAUUUUAUCCUUAAGGGGAAUGAUGAUAGCUGGCUCUGGGAAAGCUUCAAACAUCCUGCUGAUACGAUACUGCCAAAUCAAGAAUUGAAAAUUGGUGAUUCUCUUUCUUCUCGAAAGUCAGCAACAAGCUUCUCUCGAGGAAGAUUUUAUCUCCGUUUUCGUGAUGACGGGAAUCUAGUGCUUGUUACCAAGAGUGUGUCAACCAAUGUGGAUGACGAUGCUGAGUACAACAAUAGUAAGACUUCUGAUUCUAGAGAUCCACUGUAUUCUGGUAGCCAAGUUACUUUUGAUGGCAGAGGCGCCAUGUACAUAAUGAAAAAGGACAAUCAAACAGAGCAGCUGAAUCUAGUUUCAAUACCACCAGCAUCAGAAAACUAUCAUCGGGCAACAAUAGAUUUUGAUGGGGUCUUCACACAUUAUUAUCAUCCUAGGACUCUUACUGGAAAUCCGAACUGGAAGGUUCUUUGGUAUUUGCCGCAGAAUAUAUGUAUCAGCCUUCGAGCAAAUCACAGGGGCAGUGGAGCUUGUGGAUUUAACAACAUUUGCAACCUCAAAAAUGGAAAACCAGUUUGUGAGUGUCCAAAAAGAGAAAACAAUUGCUGGAAGAAGGGGCCGCCACUAUCAAAUGGGAAGGCAGAUAAGACUAUUCACUCCAAAGCUUUCAUCAAAUACCGCAAGAGUGAUGGAUCAAAGCCAAAGGACCGAGGCACCUUUAUACGUGUGGAACCUGUCCUUCUUGGCACCUCUUUCUUAGUAAACUUGAUAUUCAUUACGACUGCUUGUUUGGGCUUUUACCUCAUGUACCGGAAAAAGAGGGUAAUAUCAUUUGAAUACUGAUGUUGGGGGAUAUAAAUUAGCAUAUUUUUCCAUACAAAGAGCUUGCAGAAGCUACCAAUCGAUUUAAGGAAGAGUUGGAUAGGGGAUCAUUUGGCAUUGUGUGUAUAAAAGAUGAGUUACAAAAUUAGUUCCGAAAGCAGCAUUGUUGAAGUCAAGAAGUUAGAAUGGCUUAAGAUGCUGAGAAGGAAUUUCGUGCUGAAGUGAAGUGAUAACAAUGGGUCAGACUAAAAUUUGGUCCCAUCGCUUGGAUUCUGUGAUGAAGGACAACAUCGGCUACUGGUGUACGAGCAUAUGAGCCAUGGCACUCUUGCAAGAUUGCUAUUGUGAAAUCCCGAAUCUUUUGGUCCUUCCCUUACUAAAACUAUUUAAUUGACUAAUGUUAUUGAUUAUUUUACUAGCAGUUUAGAUACUUCAUUUAUCUCUUUUGGGAUUUUAUAUUAAACUAGGCAUUGGUCCCCGCGGCAUCGCGAGGAGCCCAUAUUGUAUGUUUUUUUUUUUGUGUGUUUUUGGGGUAUGAUAGGUUUCUUUAUUAUUAUUAUUAUUAUCAUUAUUAGUAUAAGUGGAAAGUCUUGGAUUCAAAAUCUCCUACUUACCAUUUCUCUUAUCUGAUCAUCCAACCCAACCCUCCUCUCUUUGUUUAUUAAUUAUAUGUACAUGUAUUUUAUAUUGGAAUAUGUGUAAAGAUUU